UUUUGUUUUCUUUAUCAGUAACAAACUCGCAGGAUUCGGACGCAAGUAAACAAACUCCUUCGCUUCUUCUUCUUCGUACAAUGAUAACGUUACAAAAUAAUUGAGAUUUCAGUUAACGUCGUGACAAGUCACUAGAGUCUUCAAACGAGUGCAGUUCAACAAGAUUUUUUCCACUUCUGUUUCACUUAAGCUGCAACAAGUUGCACCAUGUCAAAGACUAGAUUUUGCAUCUGCCAGUGUUUUUUCACAAAGAACUUGUUUAUAAAGCAGUACAAACUUCAUGUUACCUACCUGAAUAGGGGUCAGUUCCUGCAGGAGUAUUCUGAGACUUUACAGUCACAAGGAUGUUCAGACCCUGAAGUUGUCAUACCAGAGCUAGAGUCUGAGGUAACAAGAAGGAAGAAUUUUCACAAAGACAGUUGGGAUCGCCGGGUUUAUAUAGCCAAAAAGUAUAAACCGUUGCAUCCAGACCUAUAUAUACUUCAGAGAUCAUUUCUUGAUCCAAAAUUCAUCUCAUUGGUUGAUCUGGCAAAUACACCUGGCACUACUGUUGAGGAACUUUCCAAAGUUAUGAAGCAACACCAACAACGAAUGUAUUCCUUUCCUGUAUUUACAUCUGAGUUUUGCCAGACAUUUGUGAGUGAGUUGAAGAAUUUUGAAGAGUCUCCUCUCCCAAAGGGCCGUCCAAAUACCAUGAACCGCUAUGGGAUCAACUUAGGAGAGCUUGGGUUUGAUAACUUUGUCACUUCUUUAAGAAAUGAUUUUAUCACUCCUUUAACAAGAAUUCUUUAUCCUGAUUGGGGUGGUGACUGUCUGGACUCCCAUAAGGCCUUUAUUGUUAAAUAUGAAGUAGGCGAGGAUGUUGAUCUGAACUAUCAUUUUGAUAAUGCAGAGGUUACUCUUAAUGUGGCACUCAAUGAUGACUAUUGUGAUGGAGAGAUUUAUUUUGGACCGAUGAGAACAGAAGAAUCUUCUAAAGUUACAGGAAUUGCUCAUCAGAUUGGUGUUGGGUUGCUACAUCGUGCUCAGCAAAUGCAUGGUGCCCUGCCUAUUUCUGAAGGCAUUAGAUACAACCUUAUCAUAUGGAUGCGAUCAUCAGUCAUCAGAAAUGAACUUUGUCCAAUGUGUAAUGAGAAGCCAACACUUAUACCUGUUGAGAGUGGGUUUGGUGAUGGAUUUACAAUUAAUGAAGUUGAUAUUUGUUGUGCUAGCUAGAAGUUUUUUUCUCUGUACUGUAUUUCAAGAGUAAUUGCUCUAUGAAUGCACAGUACUUAUUAUUUUUAUAUUAAGAGGGCUAAGCAAAAAGUUAUGUAGCCCACAAGAAACUAAACAAAAUGAAAAGGUAAACUGAAAAGUACUGUAGAUUCAAAAUUUAAAAGGAAAAUGUGAAACUAAAGUGUUGAACUGUGGGUAAAGUAAAGACUAUAAAAUUAAAGUCUGCUAAAGUUUGCUAGGAAUGUAGGCAGUGCCAUGGGUUAGAUUUCAGUAGGGGUAAGUAAAAAUUAUUGCUUAAAUUAUUGCUAUAAAUACCAUUUUAUUGUAUGAUGUAUAUCCCAUUUUAAGAUGACUUGUGCAGACUGUCAAUGAAAAAAUUACUUAUCUUUGUUUAGUAAUUCCUAAAAGCAAUUCCUAAAAAAUUUAAGCUUUUUAAGUGUUUUUUGGAGUAUGAAUGAUCAAUUACACUAAAACAAAGGACAGUUGCUUUACCUUUGAUCAUGUCUACAAAGGCUCCUGAAAACAAAAAUGCUUACUCACUUCUUGAUAAAUAUGUAUAUGAAUUGAACACAUUUGAAAGUUCACUACUUUUAUACAUUUAAUUUUGUCUCAUCUUUUUUAUAAGUUUUUAUUAAUGCGAAUGUUUCUCAAGGGUAAAUUGCAUGAAUGCCAUGUGAUAUAUAGCAAAUGAGAAUGUUUCUCCUGUGAGCAUUUAUGCCUUUCUUUAAUUCCCGUUAUAAUUGGAAUACGUAAUACUGUUUUGUGAUUGUUAUUAUUAUCAUUAUUACUGUCUAUGAUUCUUUUCAUUCCUUGAUAGGAUAAUUUUGUACUACUGUAGUUGUUACUGUUAUCAUUAUUAUAGUGUAACUGCUGCUUAGACUCAUUGGAUUUGCACAAAGAACUUUUUCGUAAAUGAGAAGAUAAAUGGGAGCAAGGCAUAGUUAUGAAAAUUGAACAGCUAGUUGGGAUGGAAUAACAGCAAAUAAAUGAAAGUAAAAGGCAGAUAACAGUGCAGCUGGAGUUGAGGGAAUGCCAGGAUGCUAUACAGAAUCCUUAGCUUUGCCCACUGUAGUACAUUGCUUAAUAAAUACUUUGAGUGUUUCUCUCCUGAAUAUUUUGAUGUGGCACUCAUUAUUAUUGAAUGAUGCAUUUGGGAUAGAAAUAUCGGGUAAGAUUGGUUUUUAUAUCGCAUGUCAGUUCAGUUUUUUCGUAUUCUUCAGUUGUAUGAAAGUAAUGUUUGACCACAGUACUAUGUGUGGUGGUAGAAGAAAUUGUAAUGGGAAAAAUAUUAGUUCAGAGGAAAGAGUUAAGAGCUGGUUUUCAAGAACUGGUAACUAUAAUUUGUAAUGGUAAUAAAGAAAAACAGUAGUUGCGUUUCAUUAAUAGCUGGGAAUGGUAGCUGCCUAGCUGAUAAAGGGAAAUUCUUUUGAACUGUCUGACCUACAUUUCUGUGAUUGCCUUCAUGGAUAUGAUAGUUUGUUGCUUGUGGUUUUUUGUUUUUCUACUUUGUUACUAAUUUGAGUGAAUGUUUGAGCUUCCUUAUAUUUGGUGUGUUAUGUUUAUUUUGUGAAUGCACCGUAGCACUUCAACUUAACAGAUGCUUUAAGGGUCUGGCUUUCUGAUAAGUAACAGUCUGUUAAGUAUAGCUGCACUAUAACCUGUUCUUGACACUUAACAUACAGUUCAAGAAAUUUAUCUAAAGGUAUACUGCAUCUAAAGUGGUAGCUCAGUAAAAAAUAUUUGCAAUAACCUAACUGACAAGUACAGGUGUCUAUUAAGUUGAGGUGUUGCUCAUACAUAAUACGUAUUUCAUUAAUUCCUUGGCUUUUAGCACUUCCAUUACGUGCGUCAUUCUUCCAAGUUGCAGAGGUUGUAUAUUUAUGUUGCGUUGUGUCUUUUUAUGUGUUUUCUUAUUUGUUACUGUUAUUCCUAGCAGGUGGUACUGUUUUUAUUAUGGUUUGGAGGGGAAAAUUGCUAUGUUAAUGUCUUUCUUGAACAGUGAUUUACUUUCUACUGUAUAUGUGAAUCAUGCUGAAACUGGCAGUAUAAUGUGAAAGAUACCUUUGUUGAAUGGUUCCUUUAGUUUGAAGAAUGUUGCAUGAGUCAAAGACUAUUAAGUGAAGGUAAUUGAUGUUUCAUUGGGUAUUGUAUACUAACUUAUGUUUGGGUGGUGUUUGACUAUACAUGACUUGAUUAACUCAUAUAAUUUAAGUUAGUUAGUUCACAGACAUUCUUGGUUUCAUUAAACUAUUAUGCUUAUUUUAGAUGCUAGAAAGAGGAAUGGAUAGUGGAGUGUCUCACACACUGUAUUAUAGGAAUGAGGACAAGAUCACUUCCUGAAAUAGUUGAUUUUUAUGUCCAAUUUUCAUACCUGCUUGAUCUGUCAAAGUUCCAUACCUGGUUGAUGGGAGAUCUGUCAGGAGUGAUGUGUUGAAUGUGAUAAGUGUUGACUCUAUGAUAAAGGAUGAAUGCUUUGGACUAAAUACAGUAAUUUAAUGAUCUUCCAAAUACUGUUGUACGUAUAGUAGAAACUUCAGCAGGUAAAACUUGGUGCAAGUAGACAAGUGUCUAACUCCAUAAUUUUUCAGUAACUUGUUAUAUUUGUUUUAACCUCUGCAAUUGAUCUUAUUUGUUUUUCGUUAUUAUUUCCUUUCUUAAUUUUCUUUCUGCACUAGGCUGCUUUUCAUAUUAAGGCCCUGGUAUUUCAGCACAAUAAUUAGCAUUGUAAAAUUUCCAAAUUGGGUUUCAGCUUUGCUUAUAGUAAUACAUAAAACAGUCAGUCUCAGAGUAUGACUGUUGAGUUAUAUCUUGAUUUUUGUAAGUUCACUAUGGCUAUAGCAAUGUGUAUAUGAAGGUAGCUGUACAUUCAGCCUUUGCAGCAUAAUUUUGCCAUGUGCCUCACACAGGUAUGUGAACUGUAUUCAUUUUAGGUAGUAUUUGCGACAAGUUUUCCAGCUGAGCCGUAACUCAGUUAUAAUUUGAUGCCUUAUUCUCAUCAUGAGCAGACUUGGUUGUGACUUUAUUUUACUGAAGAUUAAUAAUAUUGCACUAUCAAGGUUGAAUGUUGCUCAAAGGUUAGAGGGAAUAAUCCAAAGACUGUGACUCUACCUGGAUUAUUUGAAGUAAAAGGGUUUGUAAUUCACAUGCUCACACAAAAUUUAAAGGGAUAUGUUACAUGAAUACAAUCCUCUUCCAAUGCUCAGCUUAACUGCUCUGAAUGAGUGUUUACACAUAUGUAAAAUUAAGAAGAUUGUAUGUGAAACAUAAGUAUGAUAAGAAUUUUUUAUUGUCUUAAAGGAUCAAUUGGAUACAGUUUGAUGCUUAUAGUAAUAUUCAUUGUUAUGGAAAUAAUGAAAUAUUUGGACUAAAAUUUGUAAUUUAAUAGAAGAAGUUAGACAGAUGCUGUUAAAUACGUAUAGUGCUUUAAAUGUUGUUGUGAUUAACAGUUAAUCAUAGAAAAUGCACUGUGAUUCCCCCUGUGAUUGCCUCUGUGAUAUGUAACAUAUAAGUGUAUUUUUGUUCAAUAAAUGUCACAAAUUA